AUGAAUCGAACAUAUGCAGAUUAUUUAAUAGAAACAGGUGGGAAGUUACCAAUGAAAAGUUUUCUACCAAUAAUUGAGGAGAGUUUAUAUAUAAGACUACUAACUGAAGAAAAGAUUUGUCAACAAAGUGAGUCAAAGAAAUGGAAAGAACUACAUUACUCUAUAAUGAUGUGGUCUUUAUCAGGUUUUAGUGUUCUAAUUCAUGGAUAUGGCUCAAAGCGUCGUUUUAUGAAUGAAUUUAUACAUAAGAUGUUGAAACCUCAAUUCUUGACUCUUGUAAUUCGUGGUUACUGCAAACAUGUUAAAUUUAAAAGUUCCUUAGUUGAACUAAUAAAUUAUCUUGAAGAUCCUGAAGAAGCUGUCAAUAUGUCCGAAUGGAGUUUGGAUAUGUUAACUUCUAAAAUUAGGAAGCUUUACAAGUUGCAAACUCUUAAUUUCUCUCCAAAAAAAAGGGUAUUCAUUAUAAUAAAUAAUAUUGACUGUAUAUCUCUUCGUCCAUAUUUAUCUACAAUAGCACAAUUAGCUCAAAUACCAAUUUUGUCAAUUCUAGUAACAGUAGAUAAUAUUAGAUGGCCAUUUCUUUGGAGUACAUCACUUUUACAUAAAAUGAACUUUAUUUAUAUUCAAGUUCAUACUAAAGAUAACUAUUCUGUUGAAUUAAAGCAUCAAUGGGAGGGGACAAAUCCUCAAUGGCUUAAUUUACUAAUUGAAGAUACAAAUUCCAAAUCAAAACUUGAUAGGUUUGAUACUAUUUUAAAAUGUUUAACCCCCAGCCAUGUCCAACUAACAAAACUAAUAGCAACACUACAGUUAAAUAGCCCUCAUGGUAUAACAGAAGAUCAAAUAUUCAAGGAUGCUAAAUCUUCAAUGCUUGUAACAACAAAGGAUGCAUUGUCACAUCUAUUGGUGGAACUUUAUACUCAUGAUAUACUUGUAAAGGAACACAAUAAUGGUAAACAAAUAGUGAAAUUAAGCCUAUCCACAGAUCUUAUCCAAAAAUUUUUAGCAUAG